AUGAAAGCCAACAAUUCCGGGCUAUCAAAUACAAAAUCCCCUCCUGGCACAGUGACUACCCGAUCAUCACGUUCACGCUCCAUAAGCUCUCAGCAAUCAAACUCAUCACAACUAGGAGCACCCCUGCCGAAGCAAAUCCAAUUGGCUCAACACCAUGGAUCGAUUCAUUCCACAACACAGUAUCUUGCCCAAGAAAAAGCAUAUUUGCGUAAAAUGAGAAAUCAGUUAGUUGAUGAUUACUAUACCAAGGGAAUCACGGGAGCUGAUGAUAAUGUUAGAGAUCAAGGUGACACCGAGCUUAACGAAAAUGAAGAAGAAGGGACUGGUGAUCAAAAUACCCAUUUGUUAGUAGAUAUUGAUAAUGACAAGUAUCCCCUUGAUUUUGGAUUGGCAUUGUCACUAAUGAAGAAUGUGCCUUCUGACAGAAAGAAUAGCAACAAAAGUGUGCCACAAUUGACAAAAGAUGAUACUGAUGACCCUGCUGUGAUUGAGCGUUUGGAAUGGCAAUCGAUGUUGACGGCUGUGUUGACUGGUGAUGUUGUUCGUUCUGAAAAGACUAAGAUCAUCAACAAUAACAAUCCCGAUAGUGCCAAUGAAUCAUAUAUUCAUGCUACAUAUAAAGAAAACCUUUGGUUUGGAAUCAAAGCCAAGUUAUUUAACAGGACGGAAGAUGAUCAACGGAGAAUUGUAUCAUAUCGUCGUACUCUAGUUGAUCAAUUAAUUCAAGAAAUAUUAAGCUUUGAAGUCAACUAUGAUAAUCAUGAAGUCCUGAUUCGCACCCAAAUAGAAACAAUAUUGGACAAGUAUGAAGAAGCAUGUUCGUUAUGGCGUACUUUGGAAGAUAUGAGAAAUGAUGAACCGAUUUGCAGAAGCUUGGAAUUUCAGAACAGAAUAGAUGCGCUUACUGCGUGGUUGAAUAUCACCGAUGCCAUUACCCGAGAAACCAAGUCGUUGAGAUUAUGGAUUGGGAAUGAUGAAUUGGAUAUAACGAAAUCACCAGUGGAAAUGCCGAGCACGAGUAGUAGCAACAAGAAUCUUAAAAGGAUCUUUGACGAAGAUAAUAAAUCUCUUGCUGAGAGAUUAAUGAAGGAAAAAGAUAUUCAUACGAUUUUCCGCAAGAGAAUCUUUAAACCGCUCUCGCCCUGGAUGAUUAAAUCUAAAGAUACGUAUAUCCAUUUGGGUGAUAUGUUUGAAACUAUGAAAUUGCCUGAUUAUAUUCAUGACUUGCUUCAGAUAUGUGUGAUUCCUAUGAAAUUGAUUAAGGAAAUUAUCAAUGUUCGUUUAGGAUAUGCCAUGAAGUUGACUAAUCCCACGUUAAUGAUGAUUGAUCAAAUGAUUGAUGAUUUGAAAUCGUACAUUACUGUUGCUCUUGAAGUCAAGCUGGGAAUACAGGAAUAUAUUAAGGCGGAUGGUGCCACCAAUUGGGUAUUGAAUGAUUUAUUUGAUACUGAAAUUACUGAUUUUGAUGCAGUAGUAUUACGGUGUGUGCGAUACUUUUUGGUAUUACUCAAUAGAAAGUUAUUGGAUAGUUCAAGGUCACCUACUAAUUUCCGAACAUUCAAAGAACCAGAUGAAUUGGAAGAAGCAUGGAAUUUCUUGAGAUCAUUGGGUAAUUAUAUUGACGGUGGAAGUGUUGUUGUUGCUGAACAAAUCACAUUGCUCACGCUGAGAUUAUGUCAUCGUUUACUCGCCUAUUUCACUAAUCAAAUAAGAUCUCCGCCUAACAAUAUUAGUCAAGAUUUAAUCAGAUGGUAUAGUUCAACUACAGAUAACUUUGGGCAAUUACGAAGAAAAUUGGCUAGGUUCACAGGUGAAAUUUCUCGAGAUUUCAGUAAUUCCUUAGUAUUUGAUAUUCCUAACUUGCCUCAUGCCAAUACCAAAACUUUGCUCGAAAUUCUCAAGUCAACCCACCAUUUUUUGGUGUAUACGGGAACCGUAGAAACCAAGGGGACAUAUUUCUUUGCAAGUGCCGAAUUAAUGGGACGUGAACAAGAUAUACUUAAAAUCAUCCAUGGUAGUUAUAUUGGGCUUGAUCCGAAUGAGAAAAACGAUUUCAGUGAUUUAUUAAACUUGAUGAAAACAACCACUAGUGAUAAUCAUAUGUUCCUUGAAGGUGAGAACGGUCCUGGUGGCGAUGCAAGUGCUGAUGCUCUUGAUUACUCGUACGUUAUUGCAUUGUGUCCCUUGAAGCCUAUUGUAUGGGAGGGGACUGUGGUUAAUGUUCAUAUCGAUUCCGUGGUGCCUAUUACCGAUGUUAAAACCGGUCAGAUGUUAGUUAUUACCAAGCUACCAUAUUAUGAAUUGCCAAUUGUCAGAGAUCAAUUCUUGGAUCUUGUAAGUGAAGUGUUUAUGAUUCCCGGGGGAAUGAAACCAGUAGAACAACGAUGUUCAUUAGCAAAAGUACACCAUGAACUCACGAAGAUCAACCGAGCAUUCUUUAAGAUGUGUCUUUCUGUAUUGGAUUCUGUCAGAAUUGUGAGAGAUAAAGUGAAGGGAACUGGUGAGUAUCAAAGUUUAGUUAACAAUUUCUUUAUCUAUUCUCGUGAUUAUGGGAAGAAUGCUGUAAGGAACUUGGAUCUGGGAAGAAAAGCUACGGUUAUUAUGAAAUUGAUUCAAUUGAGUAUUGACUGGGUUAGUUUCGUCUGUGAUGAUUGUAUUCCUACUGAUAGAAAAACAUUUAGAUGGUGUGUGCUUGCCUUGGAAUUUGCUAUGGAUAUGACUAAAGGGUUUAAUGUAUUGGUGUUAAAUGAAGAUCAGUUUGAUAAGCUUAAAAUUAAAGUUGCAAGAUGUAUGAGUUUGCUUAUUUCCCAUUUUGAUAUCAUGGGAGCAAGAUCAAGUGAAGCAGAAAAGAACAAGUUGUUGAAAUGGACAAGUUCAAGACAACAUGGUAUUGAGAAUUCACAGGAUGAUGCAGAGAUCGCUGAAAUGUAUCAUAAGGAAGUCAUGAAUCAAAUUUCUGAGAUUGAAGAAUAUAGGCGAGAAUUACAAGAACAAUUACAAAGUGUUGGACGUGUUCUAGAUGUUACUGAUUCCGAGUAUCAAUAUGUUACACUUCUUGCUUCUUCGUUCUCGAGUCUUUCUAUCAGAUGGCAAAAGGGAAGAUACAUUGGUGGCGGUACAUUUGGACAAGUGUUUUCUGCGGUCAAUUUAGAUACUGGGGGAGUAAUGGCGGUGAAAGAAAUUAGGUUUCAUGAUAGUCAGUCCAUCAAGAGUAUUGUUCCUCUGAUCAAAGAAGAGAUGACGGUAUUGGAAAUGUUGAAUCAUCCUAAUGUUGUUCAAUAUUUUGGUGUUGAAGUUCAUCGUGAUAAGGUCUAUAUCUUUAUGGAAUUCUGUGAAGGUGGUUCUCUUGCUGGUCUAUUAACUCAUGGAAGAAUCGAAGAUGAAAUGGUGGUUCAAGUUUACACGUUGCAGAUGUUGGAGGGCCUUGCCUACUUGCACCAAUCGGGUGUGAUUCAUCGUGAUAUUAAACCUGAAAAUAUCUUACUUGAUCAUAAUGGAGUUAUCAAGUUUGUUGAUUUUGGAGCUGCUAAAGUCAUUGCCAAUACUGGAAGGACAAGGGUGGUUGGUACAACAAGUAUUCGCGCAAACGCUGGAGGAAACAACCCGCAAAAUUUAAACAGUAUGACUGGUACUCCAAUGUACAUGUCGCCUGAAGUGAUUACGGGAGCAUCUACUGAUCGUAGUGGAGUUGUUGAUAUUUGGUCACUAGGAUGCUGUGUUCUUGAAAUGACAACUGGACGCCGUCCAUGGUCUAAUUUAGAUAAUGAAUGGGCAAUCAUGUAUCAUAUUGCUGCUGGGCAUAAACCACCAUUACCUAGUGCUGAUCAAAUGAGUGAAGCUGGACGUAAGUUCUUGAGUAGAUGUUUGGAACAUGACCCAUUAAAGAGACCCAGUGCCGUGGAAUUGUUGGCUGAUCCAUGGAUGGUUUACAUCCGACAAGUUGCAUUUGGAACUGGUGGUGAUCUCAACAGUACGCCAACAAGUGAAACCGGUGGGAUUAUUGAUUCUAUUUAGUUCAUUACUUCGAUUUUGUAUUAUAUAAAUAAAAAAAUGCUAUAGUAUUACGUGUAUUAAUCUAUGUACAGAACAGGUAAUAUCCUUAAUUAAUUCAAACCUUCAUUGAAAUAUUCUUUAAUUUCUUCAACUACAUCACCCUUGAUGUUAACAUACCCGGCAGUUUUAUUAACAGUAAUUUUCAAAUCCGGAUUCAAUUUUAACAAAUCUCUUCUGAACAAUUCAAUAUCACCUUCGAUUCUCUUUAUUUCAGUGGUUAUUUUGCUUUGAUUCGUUAUUUUCUUGUAAACUGGCCAGUGGUUGAACUUUGUCUUUUUGAUGAAAUAACUUCCUUCACCAAAUCCGUUGUUGACGAGGGCAGUAUGUGGUAUUGAUUCGAGUGAAGGGAUGGUGUAUCUUGGAACUACAGCCUUAGGAAAUGGGAAAUGACUGGCUCGGGCAAAUAACGUUGGUCUCAUUCUUGUUUGUUUGUGUAGUUUAUCCUAACUAGUUACAUUUGAUAUUGAAAAUUUUAUUGUUAGUGAGUCGAAAAAAUUUUUAUGUAGGAAAAAUGUCGUACUAUUGAAGAUAAAAUUAUCAGAGACAUUUUUACAUUGCGACAUUGUGCCAGGAUAAUUAUCCUAGGACACGACUUGGUUAUACAGAAUUUUCUUAAGCCCGGAUAAGCAGUUGAUAGGAACAAACUAGACUGUUGUUGUUUUGUUGUGUUUUGGGAGUUAAGACUAAAUUU